CAUACUCCUCGGCGAGAUGCAUCUUUCAUCAGCCUUUCUCGCUACAACAGCGACUUUCACCAGCCUCGUCUCGGCGCAAUUGGACACCUCCGCCCUAGCAAAGUCCUACUUCGGCAAUGAUGCUCCGUGGUAUCAGUCCAAGAUUCCAUUCUUCGAAAUCUCCGACAAGUCUAUCCAGGAUGUCUACUACUACCGCUGGGGAGUGUACCGCGCCCAUCAAAGAGACAUCGGUCAACGAGGCUACGUCUCCACCGAGUUCCUCGACGAUGUCAGCUGGCAGCUGUCUCCAUGGGCCACUUUGAACGAUGCCUCGGGCUUCCACAUCAGUGAAGGACGCUGGCUGCGAGACCGUCGUUACGCCGACGACUAUAUCCGCCACAUGUACAAUGGAGGCAACGACCGUCAUUUCACCGACUGGAUCACCGACAGUGUCUGGCAACGAUACCUUGUCGACGGAGACACAUCCGCGAUAACCACACACCUCCAGUCGAUGAUCAAGAUAUACAAUCAGUGGAACGAUGCACUCGAUACCAGCAAGGGUCUCUACUGGCGUGAACCUCUCGCGGACGCAACCGAAUACACGAUCUCCUCAAUCGAUGCAUCGGGAGGGAAGGAUGGCUUCAGUGGAGGCGACGCUUUCCGCCCGACGAUCAACAGCUACCAGUGGGCGAAUGCAAUCGCCAUCGCAAAUGUCGCAGAUCUUGUGGGGGACUCUAGCACGGCCAACGACUUUCGCUCGAGAGCUGCCAACCUCAAGAAUCGCUUCCAGACCGAUAUCUGGAACACUACUCUCGAGCACUUCAUCGAUCGCUACAAGGUGUCCAAUCAGUAUGUCUCGUACUACCAGCCCAUCCGUGGACGUGAGCUCGCUGGCCUUGUCCCGUGGAUGUUUGGCAUGCCGGACAACAAUUCCAAGUACAACGCCGCUUGGAAGCACAUCCUUGAUACCAAUCAACUGAAGGGUUCCAACGGUCUGCGCACUGGCGAGCCGAGCUAUCAGUACUACAUGAAGCAGUAUCGGUAUGAAGGUAGUAAGCGGGAAUGCCAAUGGAACGGUCCCGUUUGGCCAUAUCAGACGACUCAAGUCCUCUACGGCAUUGCCAACCUCCUCAACUCCUAUACCCAGACGCUCAUCUCCAAAUCCACCUACCUCUCGAACCUCCGCACCUACACCAAACUGCACUACAACCCCAACUACAACAACAUCCUCAACAUCGAAGAAGACUACGAACCCGACAAGGCCGGUCCCAUCGUCGGCCUCGCUCGCUCUCCCCACUACUUCCACUCCGGGUACAACGACCUCAUCAUAUCCGGUCUCGUCGGUCUCCGUCCUCGCGCCGACAACACCCUCGAAGUCAAUCCGCUCAUCCCAUCUGACGCCGGCAUCUCCUACUUUCGCCUGCAAGAUGUCGUCUACCACGGCCGCACCAUCGCCAUCGAAUGGGAUGCAAACGGAAGCCGCUACAAUCGCGGCGCUGGACUGCGGGUGUACGUCGAUGGGAACCAAGUCGCCAGCUCAACUACCCUCUCCCGCGUCACUGCCACCAUUUCGAAAGCUUCCGCCCCAGCUAUCGAUAGAUCCAAGAUCAACAAGUCAGUGAAGCUAGGCGACUACCCUCGUGGCUCAGCUUCCAGCGGCACGACCCAGUCGAAAGUCGACGACGCCAUCGACGGCCGAGUCUGGUUCUAUCCCGAACUCGCCAAUGGAUGGGACUCCGAUUCCACGUCCUCCGAGUCAACACAAUGGUAUAACAUCGACUUCGGCCAAGCGACGACGCUGGUGGGAUGCGAGCUGGCGUUCUACGUCAAUGACGGCGAGGGCUUCGCUUUGCCGCUGAACUAUGACAUUUUGAAGUUGGUCAACGGGAGUUGGGUGAAAAUUGUCGGUUUCGGAGAGAACUUGAUUGCGAAUGGGAUUGUGAAUGUCAAGUGGGAUUCGAUCUCGACGGGACAGUUGAGGGUGCAGUUUAGGCAGCCGGCAAAUAAGAGGGUGAGGUUGGUGGAGUUUAAGGCCUUUUGA